ACACUUUCCUCAUUCUCUUCUUCAACAUUAAUUCUACACGUAUAUACAAAUAAUUAUGGCACCUUCUACAUGUUUACUUUUCUCACUUAUACUGCUCUUGACAUAUUCUCACUCAGCCUUGUUAGCAUUUGGAGCACAAUACAAUGUGGUCACAUACGGAGCUAGACCAGAUGGCAAGACUGACUCAACCCAGGCCUUCAUUGCUUCAUGGACCAAGGCCUGUGGCUCCAAAGCCCCAGCCAACAUUUAUGUACCCAAAGGAAGGUUCUUUCUUCGCAAUGUGGUGUUCAAUGGUCCUUGCAAGAAUUCUGCCAUUGUUCUCCAAAUCGAUGGUACACUUGUUGCUCCCUCUGACUUUAAUGCUGCCAAUUGGGUCAUGUUUAGGGAUGUCAAUGGUGUCACUGUCACCCGCGGCACACUUGACGGUCAAGGCGCUUCCUUGUGGGCUUGCAAGGCUUCCGGGAAGGGAAGCUGCCACAGCGGCGCUACGUCACUGGAGUUUGCAAAUUCAAAAAACAUCGUGAUUGCUGGAUUAACAUCCUUAAACAGCCAACUAUUCCACAUUGUCAUAAAUGACUGUCAUAAUGUGAAAGUGCAAGGAGUGAAGGUUUCUGCCUCUGGCAAUAGCCCCAACACCGACGGCAUUCACAUUCAAGGAUCGACUGGUGUCACUAUCUUGAAUUCCAAGAUUGCCACCGGCGAUGAUUGUGUCUCGGUCGGACCCGGCACCACCAACCUUUGGAUUGAAAAUGUUGCUUGUGGUCCUGGUCAUGGCAUCAGCAUUGGAAGUUUGGGGAAGGAGUUUCAAGAGGCAGGAGUUCAAAAUGUGACUGUCACAAGUGUUCAAUUCACUGGUACAGAAAAUGGAGUGAGAAUCAAGUCUUGGGGAAGACCAAGUAAUGGUUUUGUAAGGAACAUUUUAUUCCAACAUUGUACUAUGACUAAUGUCAACAACCCAAUCGUCAUCGAUCAAAACUAUUGUCCCAACAACAAAAAUUGUCCUGGACAGGCCUCGGGUGUAAGAAUAAGCGACGUGACAUACUCAGACAUCCAUGGAUCGUCAGCGACUGAGGUUGCAGUGAAGUUGGACUGUAGCAAGAAGUACCCAUGUAGUGGUAUAAAAAUGGAAGAUGUGAAGCUUACUUACAAGAACCAAGUAGCUCAUGCCUCUUGUGUUAAUGCUGAUGGAUCCUCUUCUGGUUUUGUUCAACCCUCAAGCUGCUUGUUGUAGAGGAAAAAUAUUUAUCUAUAUACUAUUAAACAACAAUUAUUGUUUUGUAUUAAAAUGAAAAAAUUAAGGAUUUUACUCAUUCAUAUAGAUACGCAUUUAUACAGGAAGCUUAUUGUUUGUACCCAAAAUUAAAUAAUGAAUAAUUUUUCAUUUAUAUUAUAUUGUGCUUUCUUCA